AUGUUAGUCACCCGCUGAUUAUUCUCAACAAACCACAAAGACAUUGGAACCUUAUAUCUACUAUUCGGCGCCUGAGCCGGAAUAGUAGGCACUGCCCUAAGCCUGCUAAUCCGCGCUGAGCUAGGACAGCCAGGAACAUUACUAGGCGACGACCAAAUCUACAACGUAAUCGUCACCGCACACGCAUUCGUCAUGAUUUUUUUUAUGGUAAUACCAAUCAUGAUUGGUGGUUUCGGAAACUGAUUAGUCCCAUUGAUAAUUGGAGCUCCCGACAUGGCAUUCCCUCGAAUAAACAACAUAAGCUUCUGACUACUACCACCAUCAUUCCUACUUCUGCUCACCUCCUCAAUAGUAGAAGCAGGCGCAGGCACAGGCUGAACUGUAUACCCGCCCCUAGCAGGCAACCUGGCCCAUGCAGGCCCAUCAGUCGAUCUAACUAUCUUUUCCCUUCACCUGGCAGGGAUCUCAUCAAUCCUAGGCGCCAUUAAUUUUAUUACCACUAUUAUUAACAUAAAACCCCCAGCCAUGUCCCAGUACCAAACCCCCUUGUUUGUCUGAUCAAUCCUGAUUACGGCAGUCCUCCUUCUCCUCUCACUCCCAGUACUAGCCGCUGGAAUCACCAUACUCCUGACAGACCGCAACUUAAAUACCACAUUUUUUGAUCCUGCCGGAGGGGGCGACCCUAUUUUAUAUCAACAUUUAUUCUGAUUCUUCGGACAUCCCGAAGUCUAUAUUCUUAUCCUACCAGGCUUCGGUAUAAUCUCCCAUAUUGUCACAUACUACUCCGGAAAAAAGGAACCUUUUGGCUAUAUGGGUAUAGUAUGAGCCAUAAUAUCAAUUGGAUUCCUAGGCUUUAUUGUUUGAGCCCACCACAUGUUUACGGUAGGAAUAGACGUAGAUACACGAGCAUACUUCACAUCAGCCACCAUAAUCAUUGCUAUCCCUACGGGAGUAAAAGUAUUCAGCUGAUUGGCUACACUGCAUGGAGGUAACAUAAAAUGAUCCCCAGCCAUACUAUGAGCCCUUGGCUUCAUUUUUCUAUUCACGGUGGGCGGAUUAACGGGCAUUGUAUUAGCAAAUUCAUCGCUAGAUAUUGUUCUUCACGAUACAUACUACGUAGUAGCCCACUUCCACUAUGUACUAUCAAUAGGAGCUGUAUUCGCAAUUAUAGGAGGAUUCGUGCACUGGUUCCCACUAUUUUCCGGCUAUAUACUCAACACAACCUGGGCUAAAAUUCAUUUCGUAAUCAUAUUCGUAGGUGUAAACAUGACAUUCUUCCCCCAACACUUCCUAGGCCUCUCGGGUAUACCACGGCGCUACUCUGACUACCCCGACGCAUACACAAUAUGAAACACAAUCUCGUCAAUAGGCUCUUUCAUUUCACUAACCGCAGUAAUACUAAUAAUCUUCAUGAUUUGAGAAGCCUUUGCCUCCAAACGCGAAGUGUUAUUCGUAGAAUUUACCACCACUAAUAUUGAAUGACUCCACGGCUGCCCACCACCAUACCACACAUUCGAAGAACCCGCAUUCGUCAAAAUCUAG